UGUUAGACAGAGCAUAACAUUAUCCCUAAUGCCCUUUCAGUUUCUCAUUUUAUAUAACAUGCCCAAGGAAAUCUGAGCUAACUUCAUAACCAUUUAAUUAAUUGAGAUGGGUUUUUACAGCAAUUUUCAUUUGUAGAUUUCACUGCAGUAGAUUUCAGGGACUAUAUUAUUUUUAAUCUUUACAGAAUGCUACAAACGUUAAAGCAUUUGUAGUUAAUCUAACUGAACUCACAGUGCCGCUGUUGGUCAGGGUUUCAGAUUUUAGAGAGCAUAUUUGCAGCAGUUCCACCCCCAUCAUGCCCAUAAUAUAAGAGAGACGAAAGCUGAGCACAGUCUAAAGAGGACAGAGAACAAACAAAGAACCCUUUUUGUUUCGUUUUUUCCUUGAAAUAAUCGUUUUUUUAUCAAGUGGAUGUAUGGUAUUAUUUUGACAUUAUUGACUGAUAUUCCAUGGAUUAAACCGCUUUUUUCUUCUUGUAUCGAGGAAAUGUCAGACAGGACAAUGGCGCGGCAAGUACUGCUGUUUAUUUGGUUUCUCCCUCUCAGUUCAGUUCUCGGGCAGGUCAGUUACUCCAUUCCUGAAGAAAUGUCGAAAGGUUCUUUAGUUGGUAACAUAGCGCAGGAUUUGGGUUUAGAUUUAAAGAGACUGAAAUCUGGUAAAGCUCGUGUUUAUACAGGAGACAGCGCUGAAUACAUCGAGCUGAAUAAAGACAGAGGAGUCCUCCUUAUCAAAGAGAGAAUAGACCGAGAGGCGCUAUGCGGACAGACAACGCCUUGCGCACUACAUUUACAGAUUAUUUUGGAAAAUCCGAUGCAAUUGUAUCGCGUUACAGUGGAGAUAACAGACAUAAAUGACAAUGCACCGAUGUUCAGUGAGAAUGAGAUGAGAUUUGAAAUGAACGAAAUGUCUUUAGCGGGUGCCCGGUUUAUUUUAGAAAGAGCUGUUGACCGUGACGUGGGUCGAAAUGGUCUGCACAGUUAUUCUCUCCAGCCUGCAGAUAAUUUUGCUUUAAAGUUUCAAAAUCUUCCUGAUGCAAAUAAAGCCGUUGAAAUGAUUCUUGAAAAACCUCUAGAUCGUGAAAAGCAUGACCAUAUAUCUUUACUUUUAACAGCCUUCGACGGAGGCGAGCCUCGGAUGUCUGGCACAAUGCAGAUACAUAUUACUGUUUUAGAUGCUAAUGAUAACGCCCCUGUUUGCUCACAAUCCGUGUACAAAACCAGCAUAGCGGAGAAUUCCCCUAAAGGCACGGUUUUAACAACAGUAAGUGCUUCCGAUAAAGACCAGGGAUUAAACGGUCGAAUAUCAUUCUCUAUUGCGAGUAAAGCAGACAAGGAAGCCAAGACUUUUGAAAUAGAUCCUGAUUUUGGUGUUGUGAAACUUAUUGGAGGAAUAGACUACGAAAAAAAUAAGUAUUACCAAAUUGAUGUUCACGCACGUGAUGGCGGUGGUCAUACGGAUUCAUGUAAGGUCAUUGUUGACAUAACUGAUGUAAACGACAACAGUCCGUCUAUUAAUAUAAUUUCAAAAUCAAAUCACAUAUCAGAGGAUUCAAAAUCUGGCACUGUUAUCGCAAUAUUAAACAUACAAGACGUAGACUCAAAUGAAAAUGGAAAAGUGAAUUGUCACUUGAAUGGAGAUGUUCCCUUCGUUAUUCAGUCUUCGCCCGAUGGGUUUUACAGUCUAAUGACAGAUAACGUUUUGGAUCGAGAAAGAGAGUCCCAGUAUAAUAUCAGUGUGACAUGUGCUGAUGAGGGCGUGCCCUCUCUCUCCAGCAGCAUCACUCUCUCCUUACAAUUAUCAGAUGUGAAUGAUAACGCGCCUGUCUUUGAGAGGAGCUCUUAUGAGGCAUCUGUCAAAGAAAACAACACACCGGGUCUUUCCAUUUUUACAGUCAGAGCCAGAGAUGCAGAUUUUAACCAGAAUGCUCGUGUGUCUUACAUACUGGAGGACUCCUCUGUUAACGGAGUGCCCGUCUCCUCGUUAGUGUCUGUCAGUGCUGAUAAUGGAGUCAUACACGCAGUGCGAUCUUUCGAUUAUGAGCAGAUUAAAUAUUUUCAGUUCCGCGUAAAAGCGCAAGACGGAGGCUCACCUCCUCUGAGCAGCAACGUGAGUGUUAAAAUAAUAAUUCAGGAUAAGAAUGACAACGCACCUCAGGUUCUGUAUCCGGUCCAGUCUGGUGGUUCUGUGGUGGCUGAAAUAGUGCCUCGUUCGGCAGAUGUGGGUUAUCUGGUCACUAAAGUGGUCGCUGUUGAUGUGGACUCUGGACAGAAUGCCUGGCUCUCAUAUAAACUGCAGAAAGCCACAGACAGGGCGCUGUUUGAAGUGGGUUUACAGAAUGGAGAAAUAAGAACUGUGCGCCAGGUGACAGAUAAAGAUGCUGUGAAACAAAGACUCGCUGUUGUAGUGGAGGACAACGGACAGCCCUCUCGUUCAGCUACAGUCAAUGUUAACGUGGCGCUGGCGGACAGCUUCCCUGAAGUGCUCUCGGAGUUCACUGACUUUACGCACGACAAGGAAUACAACGACAACCUGACUUUUUAUCUAGUCUUGGCUCUGGCUGUGGUUUCGUUUCUCUUUAUCGUGUCUAUCAUCGCCAUACUGUCAGUCAAGUGCUACAGAUGGAGACGCGAGCGGAUGUUUUACAAAUCUGGAGCGAAUCUUCCAGUUAUUCCGUAUUAUCCGCCCCUUUACGCAGACGUGGGGGGCACAGGAACUUUACAGCACGUGUACAAUUAUGAUGUUUGCAGAACCACUGACUCCAGAAAGAGUGAUCUGAAAUACGUCAGACCUUGCAGUGAGAGCAUCAUUAGUCUGGACACCAGUGGAACACAGACACUCACACACGCGAAACUGACAACUGAGAGUCGUGACGACCAGGUGAGAAUUUAUAUUUUAGUACAUUUUUGUCGCAUCUGAAAUUGUUGUUUUUAAUUGUUGGCUGUUGCUCGUGGACUAAAAAAUUGCUCUCCAAAGCUUUGAAAUUCAGUCUGUACAAGAUCGUGCAUAUUCUAAACAUUUCCUGUUUUAAAUGUAGUUCGCAUGGUUACUUUGCUGUAGUAUGGUGGUAGUAGGACAGUAGGCUAAAUCUUGAUUUAUUCUUUUUUUAUUGUUGUUGUUCAGGGACUACGGGCUUCUCUUUAUUUGUUUAAUAUUUUAUUUUAUUUUCAUUUCAGUUUUGAUGUUUUGUUGCAUAAUUUCCACAUG